AUGGCCGCCGACAAUAACAUGUUUGUUCGCCCAGAGGGACAAACCCUUCCACCAGAAAUGGUAGAUCCCAACUGGAACGUUCUGAACCAUUUGAGCCCUUUCCACCAGAAAUGUUACAUGCACCAUCAACGACACCGCCUGAAUCAUCUCAAAGCACUCAGCGUUUAUCACACGGACAAUCAGCACAUCUUGCUCCUGGAUGAGGCUGGUUUCUUGAGCGCUGUCGGUGUCCCUCUCCCAACCAGAGAGCAACUGCAAAGCCCCGCUGCUGAGCUAAUAUACUGCAACGAGGAAGAGCGGAAGAGAAACGAGCAAAAGCUAUUGGGUAUGGCUGUGCAAGUCUUAAAUGUUCUACAGAAUAGGCCCGGAUAUAAGCAUGCAGCGUGGAAAAUGCUACAGCAACUCCUCGAAACGGACCUUUCACAUCACAAGGCACCUACUAUACUGGCCGCAGCUGUCAAGGAAGCAAUUCAAGAGGAUGACGCAAACUACGAGAAUACGUUCUAUGUCGUCUUCGACGAUGACUUCCUCGAAACUCCAGAAGCUGAAAAGAUACCCUUCGACAGGAUUCUCGAAUCGAUUUGCCUUGCCAUAGGGCAUCGAGUGGAUGAACAGACAGAUCAACUCGGACUGUUGAGUGAGAUUGACGGAAACCUCAGCGAAACCGUACUGGAGUUUCGCGACAUGUAUCAACGAAUGAAUGCCUAUGUGGCACAGAAUGGCACGAAGAAGACUAAGACUGCCAUGAUGAAGUUGGAGAGGCUCAAUGAUAGAUGGGAAAAAAUCAUCAAAAUUCUCGAUAUAUAUGACACCGCAGAUCAAAUGCGUGCUAUACUGAUGUCUUGGAAAGCAUUUCUACUUCGCAUACUUUCUCUCGAAAAAUACACCUUCAUGGACGGACCUUCAACACCCGACCAGGAGAAGAAGAUUGUAAUUCGAAAACUCAAAAUUGGUGAUACUUUCAACAGCAGGUGA